CGGGAGGAACAGAAGUUUGUUCUGCGCUGUUUUUACGCAGGCGCAGAUUAUGCUGUUUGUCCAGUUUCGCUGGUUGACUUUUACCUGUGAGGUAGACUAAUAGUUUCGGUUCUCCGGUGGGAAUAAAAAGCAACAACCACCGAAGUCCGGUCCGGUCCAGAGGUGGUAAGAUAUCCCCCCUCCCUCGCCGACCCCGUGUGACUCAGGGUUCCUACUGCGGAGCGUCGGACGGGAUUUCUCCGGGAUUUUAGAGUCGGUGCGCAACAGCGAGCGAAGCAGGAGGCAGGUGCACGAGAGAGGACAGGACAGGGGAGGAGGAGGGUUGCUUGUAUUUCCGUGACAGUCCUGCCAUCAUACCGGACCGAAUGACUGGAAAUCAACUGGUUGGCGCCUCGGUAGUCGAUCUGUGUUAGUUUCAUUAGUAUGCGGCCGGAGUCCCCCGCUGCUGCUGACAUCCAGCCCGAGGACUGAUCGGCAGCCCUGAAGUCUCAUUCGUGCCUGCUGAGUGACUCCUCGCCCCGGGGAGGACGAGGAGGAGGAGGCGGCGGCGACAGCAGCAGCACCCCAGCUGCCGCGGCUGUUCUGUGUAGCAGUUCUGACGGACACAACACGGACCUCCUCGCCUUGUGGAUCAGAAAGAUGAUGGGCUUUUUGCGCCGGACAUUCAGCCGUCGGUCCCGCAGCCGCUUCCAGACGAGAGAGAGAGAUGAGCGGGACGGUAAAGGGGGAGCAGGAAGUGGGGGGGGAGGAGUAGGGGGGGUGACCGGGAACCCUCUGCUCCUGCCCCAUCAGCAGCAGGUCGUCCACGCACCCGCUGUGGUGACCGGAGGAGCACCGGUCCACAUCCCGGCGGCCGGGACGGCCAGGACCACCAUCACCUGCCGCGUCCUGCUGCUGGACGGCUCGGAUGUCAACGUGGAUUUGCCUAGCAAAUCCAAAGGUCAGGACCUUUUUGAUCAGAUCAUGUAUCACAUUGAUCUGGUUGAGACAGACUACUUUGGAUUACAGUUCAUGGACACAGAUCAAGUUUCACACUGGCUGGAUAUGACCAAACCUAUAAAGAAACAGAUCAGAGACGGCCAGCCUUACAGACUCUUCUUCAGAGUGAAGUUUUACUCUUCAGAGCCAAAUAACCUGCGUGAGGAAUUUACACGGUAUCUGUUUGUGCUGCAGCUUCGACAAGACAUUUUGUCUGGCAAGUUAAAAUGUCCGUAUGAUGUGUCUGUGGAGCUGGCGGCUUAUUGUUUACAAAGUGAGCUGGGGGACUGCGACCCCUUGGAACACUCUCCUGAGCUGGUGUCAGAGUUUCGUUUCACCCCCAAACAGAGCGAGGCCAUGGAGGCAGACAUCUUCGGCAGGUGGCUGGAGCUCAGGGGAAAGAGUCCGUCUCAAGCAGAGAUUUCUUUUCUCAACAAAUGCAAGUGGCUGGAACUUUACGGCGUAGAUAUGCACUUUGUCAAGGGCAGAGAUGGAGGAGAAUAUGCACUGGGUCUCACUCCAACUGGCAUCUUGGUCUUUGAAGGCUCCAACAAAAUUGGCCUUUUCUUUUGGCCCAAAAUCACACGAUUAGAUUUCAGAAAGAGUCGCCUCACGUUGGUGGUGGUGGAGGACGAUGAUCAGGGUCGUGAGCAGGAGCACACGUUUGUGUUCCAGCUAGCCAGCGCCAAGAGCUGCAAACACCUGUGGAAGUGCGCUGUGGAAAGCCAUGCCUUCUUCCGUCUGCGCCAGCCAACCACAGGAAAAGCCAGCCACAGCGAGUUCACACGACUGGGGUCCCGCUUCAGAUUCAGUGGAAAGACUGAGUAUCAGGCCACUCAUGGAGGCAGACUGAGGCGAGCCAGCACAUUUGAGAGAAUGCCGAGCAAACGGUACCCCUCCCGCACACAAUCACUGGGCAAAGUUUCCAUUUCUCCAGCCAAGCCUCAACAUAUCAGCUCUCAUGCCAGCCCUGAUCCCAGCCUGCAUGCGUACCAGCACAACAUUCCUAUCAGUCACGAGGCGUGGCAUCUGCCCCACUCUGCACUCUCACCCCCAGUAUACCUGCACCCCUCCGGCCACACGCCAUCGCACAGUUUCCCGCUGAGUGGUCCUGCUACAGACCAUCAGUACAGCUCAUCAGAGAAUGAGAAUUCAUACUCUGGCAAGACCCACCAUCAUCACCGCCGCCACACUCACAGCCAGGACACUCUCUGCCACACACACACCAAGAAUAAACGCAGAGCUCCUCCCUGCCCUGCAGAUGAGUUGGACAUCUCUCAGUCUCUGCUUAAAGCUCUGGAGUCAGAAAGUGAUUCUCCUCCAUGGCCCUCACUCCAUGUCAACAUUGACAACAAGGGAGAGGAGAAGCAAUUGUCUGAAAAGUCUCUGCACCCUCCUGCUUCCCCAGCAAUGCUCCCUGACCACCUCAAAUGCAAUAUCCUCAAGGCACAGAUGGAAGCAGCUUUCAGGAAGGAUGCCCCAACUACGCCUAGAGGGAAGAAUUCAAAUGAGACCCUCAGUGACAGGUGUAAGAGCUCAUCCCAAGACUCAGCUGCAUCAAGUCUGACAACAGAUAAGACACCCCACAGGCAGGACUGCAAUUCAACACAAGAGGAACUGCAAGCCAAGGCAAAUCCAAGCUCCAACCGCAGGAAACGCCUCGUCCGACAGUUCAGCUUUAACCAUGAAGAUGAAGAUAAUCUGCCAGAAGCACUUGCAGCGAUUUCCUCUCAGAGAGCAGGCAAGUUAGGAUCUAGCAGCUCAUUGGACAAACAGAUACAGCCAUCUAUAUACCCACAGGUGGAUAAUAUGCCAGCACUGGAGCUGGGUAGUCCAUGCUGUCCCUCUCCUUCGCCUUCCCCUCACCUUUCCCCUUCUUACUACCGUAGCUCCAUUCCUCACCUCGUCCCUUACCUCGCUGCCCAUAACGAAAGCGGAGAGGAAAUCAGGCUGGACAGAGAGAAGAUCAUGAGAGCCCUGCUGAUGACCGAACUCUGAGACCUUGACCCUUGAACUCUGUGACCUCACUGACAUCGGAAGCAAAAGAGGAGGACGCUAAAACAAAGUCCAAAAUUCACUGACAUCAACCAAUAUUUAUAUAUUUGCACGACAUUAAGUAGUUAUAAAUACAUAUUUGCCCAAUGACAACAGUCAUAUUUGCCUCAUUGUUAUAGAGGGAUCUGAAACUGUAAAAAGUGAAAUGGAAUCAAGGAGACUUCUUCAUUGCAGACAAACUGCAGAUGUGCUGCUGCAGCCUGCAUGAUAAAUAUUUUACCUAAAUGAUUAUACGAUUUCAUUUGGGGUUAUCUUUAGGUUUUAUGUGAUUUCACUAUCAUUGUGUCCACGUUGAUGCUUAAACUGUGUUUCAGACAAUGACUGUUGAAGCACUGAUCAGGACAUAAGAGAAAAUGACUAUCAAAUCAGUUUGUUCAAAGUGUAAAUAGACAUUGUAAUUAAUGUACUGACAACAAAACAGGCAUUGUAAAUGCUUACUUCCGUACUAUAUGUAUUCUGAGAUAUUCAAUUUUACAUGCUGAAAACAUUUGCAGCAUUUGUGGUUUUAAAAACAAGCAUCCUGAAGUGAGCGAGUUGACAGUGUAAAGUGCUGAGAGUGGAUUAUGCUGCAAAACUGUGCAGCUGUGUAAAUGUCUACCUGCCCACUAGAAGGAGACAAAUCAAAGCUACUGUGUUACAGGCUGUCAUGAAGGAGCAGGAUCACUUUGCUAUUUUUUUACAUGCAGUUUUCAUUGCAGGUCAAAUGCAAAUCUGGUCUGAGAAAGCAUGUUCUUGGAAAUAAAGUGUUAGUAAGCAUAAGAGCAAAUGCUCCAGUACUUUAUUACUGACCUUGUUUGUCACAACUGAGGCAGCAGAUGGCUUGCUGCUGUACUGUAUUACUUGACUGAGUUUUUUCUGACAACAGCUGGAUCUUAAUAAAGGCUAGAUCAUCAUUUUGA